AGGGCCACAGGGCCGAAACAGAAAUAGCAUACUGGAAGCUUUCCCUUUGGUUAAAACAAAAGCAACAGCCAAGCAUUGACCCGAGGGCCGACUCCACAGCAGACACGGUGCCCGGUGCUUGGUAAAUACAUGAUCUCCUUUAACUCUCCCAACAAUCCAGUGAGGAUGGGAGCAUAAGUGCAGUGUUGCUCAAGGACGGGUCUGAGGCUUGCCCCAGGCUUGCUCAAGAUCUCAAGGAAGAGCUGGAAUCUUCACCGGGUCUCAACCGAGGGGCUAGAAGGAUGUUCCACACCAAUGUGUCACCCUGCUUCCUAUCUGCACAGAUAUUGAAAAAAGAGGAGGAGAUACGCCAACCUGUUAAUAGUGGUUAUCUCUGAGUGGAGGAAUGCAGUUUCAGGUCCGUACGACUGCUAAAGAAUGACCCGGUCAACUUCCAGAAGUUCCCCUACACUAGUGAGGACGAGGCCUGGAAGACCUACCUGGAAAACCCCUUGACGGCCGCCACGAAGGCCAUGAUGAGGGUCAAUGGCGACGACGACAGUGUGGCGGCCUUGAGCUUCCUCUACGACUACUACAUGGGCCCCAAGGAGAAGCGGAUACUAUCCUCCAGCACUGGGGGCCGGAAUGACCAAGGAAAGAGGUACUACCAUGGCAUGGACUAUGAGAUGGACCUCGCUCCCCUUGAAAGUCCCACGCAUCUCAUGAAAUUCCUGACCGAGAACGUGUCUGGAGCCCCAGAGUACCCAGAUGUGCUCAAGAAGAAUAACCUGAUGAGCUUGGAGGGGGCCGUGCCCACUCCAGGCAAGGCAGCUCCCCUCCCCGCAGGCCCUGGCAAGCUGGAAGCUGCCUCUGUGGACAGCUACCUGCUGCCCACCAGUGAUGUGUAUGAUAACAGCUCCCUCAACUCCUUGUUUGAGAGCAUUCAUGGGGUGCCGCCCACACAGCGCUGGCAGCCUGACAGCACCUUCAAAGAUGACCCACAGGAGUCACUGCUCUUCCCAGAUAUCCUGAAAACGUCCCCAGAACCCCCGUGUCCAGAAGACUAUCCCAGCCCCAAGAGUGACUUUGAGUACACCCUGGGCUCCCCCAAAGCCAUCCACAUCAAGUCAGGGGAGUCGCCUAUGGCCUACCUCAACAAAGGCCAGUUCUAUCCCAUCACCCUGCGGACCCCAGCAGGCGGCAAAGGCCUUGCCUUGUCCUCCAACAAAGUCAAGAGUGUGGUGAUGGUGGUCUUUGACAACGAGAAAGUCCCGGUGGAGCAGCUACGCUUCUGGAAGCACUGGCAUUCCCGGCAACCCACUGCCAAGCAGCGUGUCAUCGAUGUGGCCGACUGCAAAGAAAACUUCAACACCGUGCAACACAUCGAGGAGGUGGCCUAUAAUGCAUUGUCCUUCGUGUGGAAUGUCAACGAGGAGGCCAAGGUGUUCAUCGGUGUCAACUGCCUCAGCACAGACUUCUCCUCGCAGAAGGGGGUGAAGGGUGUCCCCCUGAACCUGCAGAUCGACACCUACGACUGUGGCUCGGGCGCUGAGCGCCUGGUGCACCGCGCCGUCUGCCAGAUCAAGAUCUUCUGUGACAAGGGAGCAGAAAGGAAAAUGCGGGAUGAUGAACGAAAGCAGUUCCGGAGGAAAGUCAAGUGCCCCGACUCCAGCAACAGUGGUAUGAAGGGCUGCCUGCUGUCUGGCUUCAGGGGCAAUGAGACCACCUACUUGCGGCCUGAGGCUGACCUGGAGACCCCACCGGUGCUGUUCAUCCCUAAUGUGCACUUCUCCAGCCUGCAGCGUCCCGGAGGGGCAGUGCCCUCGGCAGGUCAGAGCAGCUCCAACAGGCUGCCUCUGAAGCGCUCCUGCUCACCCUUCGCUGAGGAGUUUGAGUCUCUGCCCUCCAAAAAGGCCAAGGAAGACGAUCUUCAGAGAGUUCUGUUGUAUGUGCGGAGGGAGACCGAGGAGGUGUUUGACGCCCUCAUGUUGAAGACGCCAGACCUGAAGGGGCUGAGGAAUGCGAUCUCUGAGAAGUAUGGGUUCCCUGAAGAGAACAUUUACAAAGUCUACAAGAAAUGUAAGCGGGGAAUCUUGGUCAACAUGGACAACAACAUCAUCCAGCACUACAGCAACCACGUCGCCUUCCUGCUGGACAUGGGGGAGCUUGAUGGCAAGAUUCAGAUCAUCCUGAAGGAGCUGUGAGGCCCAAGCAUCCACACCCUCAGGCCCCGUGGGGUGGCUCCAGGCAAGGAGCCCCCUGGGGAGUGGCCCAUGCCGCACACAACCUCUGCUCAUGCCCCAGUGCUGUUACUUGAAUGCCCUCCCUGAGAAAAACACAUCACAGACCCACGGAUGUCAAGGUCAGGAAGGGACCCAGGAGGUAUCCUGACCUGAACCCCAUCUCAUGCUUGAAUCUACCCUGGACUUCCUGCCGGCCCCCGCCCAGCCAGAAAGAGUGUCGUCCUGCUUAACGUUCCCAUAGCCUGUCUCCUUCUCGGAAGACCCUGCUUUCAGUCCAUCUCCUGGUUGGCCGUUCAGAUGGUGCCAGUGGACCCCCUUUCCCAAAGCUGACUCGACUCCUGUCCGGCCUGCAUUCUUGAUCCUUCCAUCAACUUCAGACUGAGGAUCCCUUACCCUUUGGUCAAUUAACUUGAAAACUCUUUUGAUUUUCAAUGCAAACAACUUUUAAAUGUUACCAUGGUGGAAACACUCUCUUUCUCCCGGAUUUCCUUGAUACAAGUUGUAAAUAAUAGAGCUGAUUCAUUGGAGUGGCUGCUGUAUAAAAUAACUUCCGUGCCUGUUCACUGAUGUACACAUUUCUUAUUUACAAUUUUCAUUUAUGUUAUAUAUAUAUAUAAGUAUAUAUUGUAUAUAUAUGCAACAUUUUAUAUUUUUCAUGGAUGCAUUUUUAUCAUUUCAAAAAAUGUGUAUUUCACAUUCUUGGACUAUUUUUUUUAGCUGUUAUUCAAUUAUGCAUUUUGUAUACUCACGUGGUAUUUAGUAAUAAAAUUCUACCUAUGUAUUACUUCAAACGCUACACUUGUUCCUUCUGUGGAUGGAAGUCUUCCCGGAAGAGAGGGUGAAAGCAGAC